AUGGCAGCGACAACGCAGCAGCGACAGCAAGAAGGACUCGACUUCUUCACGACUACGUGCAUCAAAAACUACGUCAAAGCGUUCCCGAACGAACGGACGCCAUGUGUCAAGCUCACGAAGCUCUGCAAGGACCAGUGGAAGGGUAUGGCCGCCGCAACGAAGGGCCAGUUCGUCAAAAUGGCCGGGCUUGGGAAGCCGUACAUCGAAAGGCCACCAGAUCAUAGAACGUACGUGCGUCGCAGUACGCGCCGAUCGGCUUCGUCGAAGGCCAGUGUUUGGCAGCCUAAGACAUACGCUCGGAUUAAGCGGCCAGCGAACCCGUAUUGCCGAUUCGUACGUGAAUACUGUGCUAACUGGGGCAACAAGGGGCAUCAUGGCCUUACGGCAAUCCAAGUUUGCGGCCCUAAAUGGAAGGCCCUUUCACCGGAAGAGCGUCAACCUUACAUCGCGGAGUUCAAGGCCGACCUCGACCGUUACAACGAAGAGAAGCGGAAACUCCAAUCUGUUUACAAGCGAUCGGCCGAUGAUUGUGAUUCU